GAAAACCGGUCUGUUUCUCUCGCUCUUCUGCGCGUCCGCCUUGUUCGUUCGAGCCAACUGGAGCGUCAGUUGGAUGGAUACAAGGCGGAAACCGAGGCCACGAACGCCAAAGUACCGCGGUGAAAUCCUCGGAAAACCUCGAAGGACUCGAAACCCAGGGGAAGAGGGAAGAUCUCAAAAGCUUUGGGACCCUACAGCAGAACGGGAGUUGGGCAAAAUAUAUUCAUCUACGCAUGGUUUGAUAUAUCUUGAAUGUUUGUGUUCAGGCAUAAUUUGAAGAAAAAAAAGUUUCUUUUGGGCUUUGAGGAUGGUUCCAUGCGGGGUUUACGUGGCAAUUUGAAAUUACGGUGUUAUCUUCCUGAAGAAAGUACGGCAUUCAGAGACUUGGCAUCUGUCUCACUUGUGGCCUAUUGAAAUCAAAGUGGAGGAAGGAGGUUCUGAAUUCUUCAAGCUCCGGAAUUUCAAUCAUCCCUGAUGAGACUAAACAAUUCUAUUGAAAUGCCAUUUCUGUGGAGCUUCUUCAUCAUUCUCCUCUUGAAUGUCUCAGUGGUCCAGAACAACCCCAAGGUCCUUGCUCGAGUGUCAUCAUCGCCUUUCUCCAUGCGAUCCAAUUACACUGACUUAAUCGGGCCUGGAGCCGCUUUCAACCCGGAUCCCGUGGCUGAUGUGGUUGGCUCUGGUCCUGGCACUCGAAGUGAAUUGAUUUCUCGUUUGGCACAGAAUCACCCGCUGUGCAUCGACAAUGUCACCGCUUACGUGGGACAAACUGCCAGAAUGUUCUGUUGCUUGGCCAGAUUAGAGCGAGAGCUCUCAGUUUCUUGGAUCCGAAAACAGGAUGUGGUGGUUUUAACCCAUGGCCAUUCGGUCUUCACCACGGACAACCGAGUUACCGCCUCCAGUCACAAUGGCGUUUGGGCGCUCAAUAUUGCCAAGGUGGGCCAUGCGGAUGCGGGUCUUUAUGAAUGUCAGACAAAUAGUGAGGUCAAGGGAAGCAUCACCAUUCAAUUGGAUAUCAUGGAGACGACUGCCGAGAUCAUGGGACCAACUGAAAAGUACGUAAAAGUGGGUUCAUCCCUCCGGUUGACCUGUAGGGUGUACCUGGGACCUCAGGGACCCGAUCAAGACUACCGGGAAACUGCUGUGGUGCACUGGUUCCAAGAUCAGAGGCUCUUGGACCCAAUCCUGGAUUCCUGGCGGCCUGCGGCUGGAGCUGUCGAGUCUGGAACCCAUAAACGGGUCACUAUAUCAAGCGAAUUUGUUCAUGAUGAGCUCCAAGGGUAUCUCCAAGUGGACAAUGUCACUCCGUACGAUGCCGGGAACUACACAUGCGUUCCCUCCUAUGCAAUCCCGGAUUGGGUGCAAGUUCACAUCCUUCAUGAGGAGAACCAGGCAAGGUUGCACAACGAAGUAUCCGAGGUGAAGGUCGAUGUCUCCACCGCCAAUUCGGCAGUCUCGUUCCUCAACAAUUCUCAUUCAUAUCGAAGUGUACUUUCAAAACAAAUGUCCUUAUUUAUUCUCUUUAUCCUCACAUCUUUGAUUCUCAACCAUUGUGCUUUCAUUGUGUCCUAAAUAUCCGCAAAUACAUCGAACUCCUUGAACUAUAAA